AUGAAAUUCGCCGCGGGUCUCGCCCUAUCCGUAGCCCUCGCCGGGAAGGUCCUCGGCCUUGCCGCCCCCACGAGUGACAGCGAAUCCUUGGGUCUAACCGGUGGUGGCCUCGAGCCACGGGGCGGAGACAAGUCGCCGCCACCACUCUCCGACUAUAAGAAAAUCGACUGCUCGGCAUACGCAACCUCGAGAUCACUUGAGGGCAUCUUUUUCGAGAGUCUUACCAAAAACAUAGAGUACUUCGCCAGCACAACGAAAACCAAGGUAACGGUACCGCCGAACAAGUGUUUCCAAGUCGGCUGCUGGGAGGACGUCGGCGUGUGGUGGUGCAAUGACAACAACAAGGAACAAACCCUGAGGUCCUGGCAGGACGUCAAGUGGGCACUUACUGCCGUGCCGACCCUCGGCCUUCAGAGAUUCGUCUCCCACCUCGACACCAACGACGCCACCGGCGGCACCACCAUCACCUUCUCCAUCCCGCACGGCUCCGAGCUCCUCAAGGACUGCCACGAGGGCGACUCCAUCGCCAUCAACGGCUGCUGCCUCACCGUCACCUCCUUCACCCCCUCGUCCUUCAAGGUCGGCGUCGCCCCCGAGACCCUCCGCGUCACCAACCUCGGCGACCUCAAGGAGGCCAGCCGCGUCAACCUCGAGCGCGCCGUCCGCGCCGACACCCGCAUGGGCGGCCACUUCGUCCAGGGCCACGUCGACUCCAUCGCUGAGAUCCUCUCCGUCACGCCCGACGGCAACGCCCUCACUUUCCGCUUCCGCCCCCGUGACCGCGCCACCUUGCGGUACAUCAUCUACAAGGGCUUCAUCGCCAUCGACGGCACCAGCCUGACCAUCACAAAGGUCGACGACGCAGAGGGCUUCUUCGAGAUCAUGCUCAUCGCCUACUCCCAGGAGCGCGUCGUCCUCGCCCAGAAGAAGCAGGGCGACACCGUCAACAUCGAGGUCGACAUGAUGGCCAAGUACGCCGAGAAGUCGCUGCUCGGCAUCCUCGGCGUCGAGGGCAGCGCCGCCAUGCCGCUGUUGGAGAAGAUGGUCGAGCGCAUCGUCGCGCAGGGCAUGGGCGCCAAGGCGUGA